AUGUCCACCCAGCCCCUCCAACUAUCCCCCUUAUCCCCCGCCUCUCAUCCCGAACUCCCCUUCUCCCGCGACACCCCCAUUCAACCCGCCAAACCAGAAACCCUCAAAAACAGCCCCAACCCCAACCUCCAAACCCCCCACGCAGAAUCCACAACUCCCUCUCCAUUCCUCAUCCACGCCCUCCGCAAGAAAGCGAAAAAAGAUGUGAAAGCAGCGAGAGAAGAAGAGAAGAAGAAGAGCAGAGAAAUAGAAGAGGGGAAGAGAUUAUUUGGGGGGAUCGUGGCGAAGGUUUGGAGGGUGCGGAGUGAGUUGAAGCUCGAACAUCCCGAUGUAGCAGACUCGGUUCUGGAGCAGGAAGCUUGGAAAUUGGUUUUUUACUAG